AUGGAUGCUGGACUCAGCGAGGCAGCCAAGAAGCGCAUUGCGGCAUUGAAGGCGGCUAUUAAAAAGGCUGAAGACAAUGGCAAUGUGAAUACUCACCGAAUUGGGCGAGAGUACGGUUUAGAUCAACCGUGCGAACUUCCGUCUGAUGAGGAGAUCCGCGAUAACAUAGAGAAGAACCGGCAUGUGCUUGGUUUCACUCCGCACAAGUGGCUAGCUCGACUUUUAAGUGAGCCAAGGAUGGAUCAACCGAUCUACAUCGAUAUCCGGUUUUCAAGUGAGCGACUCGCUCGUAGAAUUCAAGAGCUCGAUCAGUUGGUCCUGUUCUUGUUUUCUAUUUGCCUGGAGGGCAAUACACGAGCGUUCUUUAUUACUAUAUUUACAUCGAUUGGCGGUUACGCAGCAUUAGCCUCGGUGAUUGCGAUGCGCUAUGAAGGACGCGACAAAAAGCCCAGAACAUAUAUGGAUAGAGAGCGUGGACGAGAACAUAAAGACCGCGACAAGGAUUCUAAGGACUCGUCUUUGCAAUCGUAUUCUCAGAGAUCUGGGGAAGUACUGAACGGGAUUGCAAUAGUCGGAGGCGGUCCAUAUAGCGGGAUGACAGGUCUCGUUCUCGUGGACACAGGGCUUCUCGUUCGCCUGGGAAGAGGAAAAGUGUCCCUCCAUACAUCAAGUGUCAUCUAUGUGGUGGCCCACAUUUUCGGGCGGAUUGUCCUCAAAAUAUCAAGAACACGCCCGUGGCAGCAGAUCUUAGUCCUGAUGCCAGCGCUUCAAGCGCGAAUUGACUAG